AUGGCCAACACCCUCAUCUUCGGCGGCUCAGGCAAGGUCGCCCGUCACAUCACGCGACUGCUCGCCGCCGAGGGACAUAAUGUGUACUCCAUUAUCAGAAAACCCGAACAACAAGACGACGUCAAAUCCCUCGGCGGCAAACCCAUCCUCCAAUCCAUCGAGGACUCCUCGGUGGAUGAUAUGGUCAAGACGAUUAAGGAGACUAAGCCGUCGACUAUAAUCUGGGCAGCAGGCGCAGGAGGCGGAUCCCCCGAUCGGACCAAAGCCGUGGAUAACGAAGGUGCUAUUCGGAGUAUGGACGCCACGGCCAAAGCCGGCCUCACAAAACGCUACAUCAUCAUCUCGGCCGUGGACGUCCGCGAUCGCGAGAACAAGCCUGAGCCGGAGUGGUAUAACGAUGGGGAUAGAGAUCGGAGUAAUAAAGUUUGGAAUGCUAUCGGGCCCUACAUGUCCGCCAAACUAACCGCCGACACCUCCCUCGUAACCCAAAACUCGCGCCGGGGACUCGAAUACACCAUCGUGCGCCCCGGCGGCCUCAGCCAAGACCCCGCGACGGGCAAAGUCGCCGCCGGCAAAGUCCAUCUGAACAAUAUGAUCCCCCGCGAGGAUGUCGCGGCGUUUGUGGUCGAGGUGCUGAAGAAUGACGGGACGAAGGGGUUGGCGAUUGAUGUGGUGGGUGGGGAGACGCCGAUUAGGGAUGCGGUGGCGGAGGUUGUGAGGGGGAAGGUGGAUACUUUUGAGGGGAGGUAUUAG